CGUAGACUCCCGGUACAAACAAAAUGGGACAACACUGACAAGGCCGAUCGAUGGAUUCAUAAUCUCUCCAUCCUCCCACACAAUUCCUCCUUGAUCUCAAAUAUCUCUCCGAUAGAGGGGAUCGGGCGACUCACUUGUGGCUCUCAGGUACAUUGACGGCCCAUUUUCUGGACCGACUUAGGGAAAGCGACUUUCUCGUUCAGUCUCUCCCUCCUUUUUCAAGACGAGGCGAACUCCCGAAAGAGAACCAACCAUGCGCCUGUACGCCAUAUCAGACAUCCACCUGAGCUACAAGCACAACAGAGAGGCCCUGGACGAACUCCAACCGCACCAUGACGACGGGUUGAUCAUUUGCGGGGACGUCGGCGAACGUCUGGAACAUCUACAGGAGGCCUUUGAGAUCACGACAAAACUCUUCAAGCAGGUCUUUUGGGUACCGGGCAACCACGAACUGUACACCCUCCCUGGCGUCACGAUCGAGGACGACCUCGACAAGGAAUUGAGGGGGGAGUACAAGUACCAAGAAUGUGUGAGGGUGGCCAACGAGUAUGGGGUCAUCACACCCGAGGACGAGUUUGUGAAGUGGGAAGGUGAGGGGGGUCCAUGUCUGAUCUGUCCCAUCUUUACGCUGUACGACUACAGCUUCCGGCCGGACCACGUCACCCGGGAGGAAGCUCUCGACUGGGCCAUGGAACAAAACAUCUACGCGACCGACGAGGCACUCCUACACCCCGACCCUCACCAGACCAGGGACCAAUGGUGCGAAGAACUGGUCAGCAAGACGGAGGAACGCCUCCGAGAGGCCGCCUCGAGGGGUUUCCCACUCGUCCUGAUCAACCACUGGCCACUUCGGGAAGACGUCAUCACGAUCCCGAGCAUCCCCAGGUUCAGUCUGUGGUGCGGGACGCGCAAAACGAGGGACUGGCACACCAGGUUCAACGCCAAAGUCGUCGUCACGGGUCACCUCCACGUGAGGAGGACCGACUGGAUCGACGGGGUCAGGUUCGAGGAGGUGAGUAUGGGUUACCCUCGGCAGUGGCAGGCCGCCAAGGACAGAGGGUUGAACAUCAAUGACUUGCUGAGAGAGAUCCUACCUGGAAUGCCUGACCCUGGAGACGGAAGGACGAUCUGGAGGAGGGCAGGUGUACCUGGUAUUUGAGUUUGGACUUGGGACUUUGAUACUCGGUGAGAGCGAAUUUACCGUCUUAGAACCCCUCUUUCUAUUCAAGAAAUAGAAGAUACAUCACACCAGGCAUCGACCCAGACAUCGGAAAAG